AGGUGACGCACGAGGGCACGUCAUGCCAUCAUUCGCCCAUCUUCCCCGUGAGGAACUGCCCGGCUAGCUUUUCUUUCGCAACCUGAACCUGAACUAUACAGCAUCCCUCGAACAACAACACUCUUUCCCUAUCUCCCAAUAAAACACAACAAUCAUGUCCGUCCCAAUCGCAGUCCCAACCCCCCUCGCUUUCAACGUGCCCCCCGCUUUCUCAGAUAUCGGGAAAACUACAAACGACUUGCUCAACAAGGACUUCCCUCUCGGUGCCGCCAAGCUCGAAGUCAACACCUUCACAAACAACGGUGUGAAAUUCACCGUCCUUGGAGCAAAGGACAACAAGACUGGCGCCAUUGCCAGUGAGUUGAAGGCCAAGCAUAUCGACAAGGCUCGUGGCGUUACAUUCACCGAAUCGUGGACCAGCAGCAACAUCCUCGGCACCCAGCUCGAGCUUGACAACACCCUCGCCCGUGGUUUGAAGGUCGACGUCGCUGCAUCGCUUUUGCCCGCCAAGGGAACCAAGAACCUGAAGGCCGGUGUCGAAUACAAGCAGGACCACCUCUUCACCCGUGCUUUCGUCGAUCUCUUCAGGGGACCCGCACUUCACGCCGAUGCCGUCGUUGCAAACGACGGAUUCUUGGCAGGAGGUGAAGUCGCCUACGACAUCUCGGAAGCCCGUCUGACCCGCUCCAACCUCGCCUUCGGAUACCUCGCCCGCGAGUACACUGUUGCUCUCCACGCGUCCAACGCCCUCAACACCUUCGCCGCCUCCUACUACCACCGUGUCAACACCGACGUCGAAGCCGGCGCCAAAGCCACCUGGACGCGCUCCACCGACAACGACGUCCACGUCGAGGUCGGUACCAAGUACUUUUUGGACAACGAGGCUUUCGUCAAGGCGAAGAUCGACAACCGCGGCCUCCUCGGACUCGGAUACACCCACCUCCUUCGUAAAGGCGUCAAGCUCUCUCUCGGCGGGCUCUUUGACACCACGAGGUUCCAUGAGAACACCCAUAAGCUUGGUUUGGCUCUCACGUUGGAGGCGUAAGCGGAGAAGAAAGAUGAGGUGAAAUAAUAUCUUCAACAUAUAACAUCGAAUGCAAAAUGGCCUCGUAGUCGUUAUCCCCAACUCUUCCUUGCGAGCCUGUUUAUCGAUUCACUGGAUACUCUCGUCAUUUGUAUGUGUAAACCUUGUAUCGUACUGCACGUGUAUGAGAAAAUGGAAACUGGUAUCUCGAGCAAGCAAUGUCAAACGG